UGCGACCAAUGGCAACAGGCCUUGUCACUGUUCGGCGCUAUGCGGGAGCAAAGCGUGGAGCCCGACACCAUCAGCUACAGCGCUGGGAUCAGUGCAUGUGGGAAUGGCGAGCAGUGGCAGCGGGCGCUGUCGCUGGCCAGCGAGAUGCGGGGGCAGAGGCUGGAGCUCGGCUGGCGCCAGAAUCGGGCACUCGGCCUUGGGGCACAGAGUCGGUUGAGCGAGGUGCGGGGAGCGACGCUGGAGGCCGACGCAGCCAGCGGCGGCGGGGGCUGGCAGCGGGCCCUGGCGCUGCUCGACGACGUCUGGCAGGCUAAGCUGGAGCCCAACGUUAUCUUCGCUGAGCUUUCAGGUGGAGCACCCGACAAGCGCCCGUGUCACCAUGAACGCUACUUCGAGUAGGGGAUCGACUACAACAUUGAUUUACCCCAAACUUGAUUUCAACUACAGCGUUGGAAUGAGCGCGUGCGAGAAGGACGGGCAGUGGCAGCGGGCUCUGGCACUGCUAACCGAGAUGUGGGAGGCGAACCUGGAACCCGACGUCGUCAGUUACAAUGCUGGGAUCAGCGCAUGCGGUAAAUGCAAGCAGUGGCAACAGGCGUUUGCGAUGCUGAACGGCAUUCGGGAGGCGAAGCUGGAGCCAGACGUCAUCAGCUACAACGCUGGAAUCAGCGCGUGCAGUAGAGGUAUGCAGGUGCAGCGUGCUCUGGCGCUGCUUAGCGAGAUCUGGGAGGCGAAGCUGGAGCCCGACGCUAUAAGCUACAAUGCUGGGAUCGGGGCGUGCAAUAGUGGAGGGCAGUGGUGGCGGGCCUUGGAGCUGCUGAGGGAGAUGCGGGAGGCGACGCUGGAGCCCGACGCCUCAGCUACGUCGCUGGGAUCACUGCGUGCGAGAAGGGCGAGCAGUGGCAGCCAGCUUUAGCGCUGCUCCGCGAAAUGUGGGAGGCGAAGCUGGGGCCCGACGUCAUCAGCUGCAGCGCUGCGAUCAGCGCGUGCGAAAAGGGCGAGCAGUGGCUGUGUGCCACGUUGCUCCUCGAGGAGAUGCGAGAGGCGAAGCUGAAGCCCGACGUCACACUAAGCUACAGUGCUACGAUCGCCGCCUGCGACAAGGGCAAACAGUGGCUGCAUGCUCUCUCGUUGUUAAAGGAGUUGGGAGAAGCAAAAUUGGAAUUAGACGCGAUCAGCUACAGCGUGGCAAUCAAUGCAUAUGAGAGAUGCGGGGACUGGCAGCGUGCAUUUUCACUGCUCUGGACAUUUGUUGAAGCGAAGCUGGAGCCAGACGUCAUCAGCGUCGAUACUGCGAUCAGGUGUUGCAGUUUUGCUAGUUGGCAGCAGAGCUUGACAUUGCUCAGGGAGCUCGAGGGAAUUAAUUUACAACUAGGUGCCCGCAGCCCUAUGGCUGCAAUAAGCAGGCAGUGGCGGCAGGGUUUGUCAGGUUUGCUGGAGUUGCGAAAGGACAAAAUGGAGUCAGACGUCAACAGCUACAGUGCCGUGGCCAGCGCGCGCGCAAAGGCGCGGCAGUGGCAGUUGUCACUAUCAUUGUUCAUGGAGCUGGGGGGGGCGAGGAUGGAAUUGGACGCCAUAGGCUACGGCGCCGCAGUCAGCGCGUCCGAGAGUGGCAGGCAUUGGGAUUUGGCGUUGCUGCUUGUCUGGCGCUGUCUGCAGAGCAGACUGGUGCCGAGCGAAAUCAGCCACAGUGCAGUGGUAAGUGCUUGCACUCGCGCUGGCAAGUGGCAGCAGGCGCUGUCGUCGUUCAGGGGGUUGUGGGACGCGGGGCUGCAGCCAGACGUUGACAGCUUCAACGCCGCCAUCGACGCGUGCGUGACGGCCGGGCGCUGGCAGCAGGCGUCGCUGCUGCUGAGGGACCUGCGGGAGGCGGAGCUGCAGCCGGACACCGCCAGUUUCGACUUUGCAAUUCGCGUGUGCGAGAAGAGGUUGUGGGGACGUCCUUGCCACCCGCCAGUCCACUCCCCCUUCGCCCUAUUCCCCUGCCACUUCUCCGAGGGGGGCAAGGGAGAAGGGGGGCCCCAGACCUCCAACGCAUUGGAAAAGCCAAGGCGCCGAUGUCUCACCGUUUUCGGCGUCCCAGGGCAGUUUACAAAAAUCACGCGACGCCGGAUGUUUGGGGAGGGAGGGAGUUGUGGAUUGGUGACCGUGGCGAGGGGGUCUCUUGAAGGCUGGCCGAUUGGAAAUGGUGAUAAGAGGCGUUUGUAGCUUCGUUGUGCGUAGGCGUUUGUGCGGCAGCCCGUCGCUCAUGGCAGAUACAGUCGUCGUCGACACUGAUAGUGAGGAUGAGCGACUUCACAAGCAAGGUACCCUUGCAUUGCACCCUGGCCCCUUCGGUCAUCGUCGGUCCAUCCUCGAUCACUUUCGAUGGCCAGCCCCGCUCGAAGAGCUUCGGCAGGGGCGUCCAAGCGGAUUGCGUCCUUAUCGUGCAUCCUUACUGUCAGUCUUGAUUGCACUGCGAGCCUCCUGGCUGCUGGUGGAGUUCCUGGCGGGCCAGUCGGAGGUCUACAGUUGGUCUCGGUUUGUCAUUGCUGCAGGGGGCCCUGCUCAGGGCGGGCUGAUCGGAGAACUGCCGGUGCUACAGGAAGCGGGCUCUCGCAGUUACAGCGCCGCAGCCCACGCGUGCAAGAGGCAAGGUGCCACCCCCGGCCCGGACUUGGUACCAGUAAGAGUUGACGGGUCGCAAGGUCUUGCCGUUCCACUUCGAGAAGGCAACCGAUGGCACAGCUCCGCUGAUGGGUGCGGCACGGACUUGAAGGUGGGCAGGGAGUUCGAUCCCAGCAGGUACACACGACGAGAAAUCUGGCGCCGAGGGGUCCAGGGUCACACUUUCCGUCCAGCUUGAACUUUGCACGGGUGCGGCGAGAUUUCCGCCGGAGGGGGCAAGCGAUUUCGACGGGGCAGCCGCCGUCGGGGCGGUUUCCUAUUUGACCCGCCCGCCGUACCUGCGCGCGGGGGCCACCAUUCGACGUCAGCGGCGUUCGGAGCGGAGAGUGCGAGGGCUUUAGGGCCCUCCGAUGCCCAAAAGACCUGGCCGAAAUCGGCGCAUCGCCCCCAAGCGCUGGCCGCUGUAUCUUCAACGCGGUGGGGGCCGACCUGGUGCUGAGGCCGGCAUCCACCUGGGUGUUGGCUUCCUCGGGGCUGCGUCACGGCACGAAAACCAUCGAGGAGCAAAGAACCCCU